AUGUCCAACAGCAGCUCCAUCACCGAGUUCCUCCUCCUGCCAUUCGCAGACACGCGGGAGCUGCAGCUCCUGCACUUCGGGCUCUUCCUGGGCAUCUACCUGGCUGCCCUCCUGGGCAACGGCCUCAUCCUCACAGCCGUAGCCUGCGACCACCGCCUCCACACCCCCAUGUACUUCUUCCUCUUCAACCUCGCCCUCCUCGACCUGGGCUGCAUCUCCACCACUCUCCCCAAAGCCAUGGUCAAUUCCCUCUGGGACACCAGGGCCAUUUCCUACUCAGGAUGUGUUGCACAGGUUUUUCUUUUUCCCUUCCUGAUAUCAGCAGAGUAUUCUCUUCUUACAAUCAUGUCCUACGACCGCUAUAUUGCCAUCUGCAAGCCCCUGCACUAUGGGAGCCUCCUGAGCAACAGAGCUUGUGCCCAGAUGGCAGCAGCUGCGUGGGGCAGUGGCUUUCUCACUGGUGUGCUGCACAUUACCAAUACAUUUUCCCUGCCCCUCUGCCAAGGCAAUGCUGUGGACCAGUUCUUCUGUGAAAUCCCCCAGAUCCUCAAAAUCUCUUGCUCACACUCCUACUUCAGGGAAGUUUGGCUUCUUCUGGUUGGUUUCUGUUUAGCAUCCGGCUGUUUUUUUUUCAUCAUGCUGUCCUAUGUGCAGAUCUUCAGGGCUGUGCUGAGGAUGCCCUCUGAGCAAGGACGGCACAAAGCCUUUUCCAUGUGCCUCCCUCACCUGUUCGUUGUCUCCCUGUUUCUCAGCACUGCCAUGUUUGCCUACAUGAAACCUCCCUCCAUCUCCUCCCCAUCCUUGGAUGUGUUGAUGGCAGUUCUGUACUCAGUGAUUCCUCCAACAUUGAACCCUCUCAUCUACAGCAUGAGGAACGAGGAGCUCAAGGUUGCUGUUAGGAGAGUGAUUUCACCGAUGUUUCUUAAGAAUGAUUAUUUUCGCUUCUUUCUCCAGAAAUGA